CCGCGAGAGGGCGCCAUGUGGAAAUGUAAUUUUAUGUGUUAUCUACUUUGCUCUCGCUGUGUCUACAAAUAAUUUCGUUCUCAUUCAACAUGUGAUUUUUUGUAUACGUGGAAUCAGUAUCAUGACAGCAUUCGAUGCAGAUGGACUGCCCGACGUGGUGCUUCUGCAGAUAUUUAGGCUCUUGAAGUUCUCUGAUCUAUGCAAAGUUGGGAGGGUUUGCCGCCGUUGGUAUGGUCUCUCACGGAGCCAGGCCCUGUGGACAUGCGUGGAUGCCAGCGCACCUGAAAUAAGCUCAGUGCAGAUGGACAGGCUGGCCUCAGUGCUAACAGACUCUGUUCGGUGGUUGUACGUGUCGAGCUUCUUGCACUGUGGGCUCUUCCUGUCUCCAGGAGCUCUGCGUGACCUUCGAGCCCACUGCCCUUACUUGUCCACCCUUGUCAUCAAGAGUGCUCUUUUAACAACUCUCGAUGACUUUGCCCCUGUAACUGUGGGAGACCUCCCACCCACUCUCAAGACCCUUUCACUUCGCCACUCUUUUUUUCAAGUGGACCAGUUCUUCUCACUUUUGGCCAUUCGUAACCUGAGCAUUCUCGACUUGAGCUUUUGCUGGUGUGUCUCAGACCAGGACAUUCCCUUUGUCACACAGCUCCCAAACCUUCGUGAGCUGUACCUGGAAUACUGUGAGGACAUCCGGGACACAGGUGUGGCAUUGGUUGUAAGCCGUGGCCAUAACUUGAAAACCUUGGCCCUUGAUGGCACUAAGAUCACAGAUGAGGCAAUCCGCACAAUUGCCGAAAAUGCAUUUGCACUGGAAAGAUUGUAUGUUGGUAGCACAGCAGUUACUGAUAUCGGCGCUUUGCACCUCUCCAAAGGAAAGUGCUUUUCAUUACAAGAGCUUUGUCUCUUUAGCACAAGGGUUACUGUGCAGACAAUGAAGGUGCUGGUUGAUGUUUUCCCACAGCUGCAGUGGCUGAACUUGGAGAACACACUUAUUGAUAUUGGAGAUAGUCCCCUAAUUGCCAAGCAGGUGCCACCGGGCUGCACAGUUCUUGUGGAUGGAGUGCGCUUUCACCUGGGGGUUGGCUGCAACCAUUCUGUGGACCGGUUGCGACUACAAGAUUGAAGAGGCAGCAUGUCCUGCCUGACUGCUAUGCCAACCUUAAAGUGUGCCUCAUGUGCUAGGUAGCUCACAGAAGUAUAAUUGUUUGAGACAUUGAAGAGGGCCAGAGGGACACCAGUAUCCAUGACAAUUUGCCCGAACCAACACUUUUCGUGUGGCCCAUACAGGCACCAAGAAGUAGGCUCAUUUAGAGUAAUAGUGCAAACUAUUGGUUUUAGCUGGUGUUGACUAUCCCGGUCAGACAAGAGAUAGUUUGCGUCUCACUAGAGAAAUUGGAUGCAGCAUUGUUAUGCCACAUCAAAGGGACCCUGAAAUGAUUUCUUGAUACCAGGGCGGAAAAAAAAAAGGCUAAUGGAAAGGCCAUGUUUGUAGCCAUCUCAUUGGUUGACAAUGCCGCCAUGUAGCAGCACAAGACUUGCAAAAUGCAUUGGAAAAAGAAAAGAGGUGCUUGUGCCUCUAGUGUUAUCACACAAUGCAGUGUUGUUAUAACACAUUUUCUGAUAAUUUUCGUCCCGGACCAGGACGAAUUUUUCUUCAGCUAUGAGGCUUUCCUUUCGAGGAACCCGUGUGGGUUUCCUUUGUAGCAAUUGCUACGAACGGGUGGAUGUCUGAUUUCCCUUUAUUCAUUUUCUGAUAAUGUGCAUCUUGCUGCUGUCUCCAUGACCAAGGGAAAAAGUACAGCUGCAGUGUCAGAGUGGUCGCUUCACUGAAGUGGCAUGGAUAUGUCCUUGAGUUGAGGUGUUCAGUAUUAACUUUGGCACUUUAUUUGGAACAGAAGCUGUAGAUAUUUGGUUUUCAGAGCUAUGAGCAUGGUACUGUGCCAUGUAUGUGUAAAAGCAACAUGAAGACAUUAUCACACAGCCGCAUAACAAAUACUUCGAAUCCAGGAUUGUUUAAAUUGUUGUACUAUUUAUACUUUAUGCUUGUGUAGCAUGAAAAAUAUUGCACGUAUCUGGGCUGAAUCUGAUUACCAUUAACUGCAGCAUAUUGCUCACCUCUACUGCCUUGAAAGGCACUGAAUCUCUGUGGUGAAAUUGCAUUUGUAGUCCAGUACAGCUGCGCUUGGUAACUAACACCACAUGUACGGCUGCUGAUCACAAAUUUGAAUAUUUGAUGUGUGAUCAUCUGCUGAGGUUCAGAGUAAGAAAGGAAAGUCACUGUGUUUGUUACAUCGAAAUGUCUACUUAAGGUACCUCAGCACUGUAGCUGAGGUGAAAAUUUUUAUUGCUUAGAGAGGAGUUUGGCCACAGUCAUUGACAGUGAAUCUUGAGUGUUUUUUCAGAGGUGUUUUAUGUAUUUGCCUACCUCUGCAUGCUGUAGCCUCACUUUUAUUUAUUGUUAUUUGUGUUUGCAUAUUAGUUUGUGUCUUUCAUAGCUUAUUCUUUUUUUCUUGUGCUAGAAUGCAUUUAAAUGUAACGUGACCUGUGCACAAGACAGGCAUAAGCUAAGAGCAAGGUUUAGCAAAGAAAGUAUAGAAUUUUAUUCACUUUUCAUUUUAUUUUUGUAAUAUCUUUAUUGUUAUAUUUUUGUAAGCAACUUUUUCCAGUUAUAGCAUGUACAUGCUCGACCUUCGAAAACUGUGACUCUUGAAAGGUAUAUGCUUCGCCUCUUCUGUCAUUUUAGCUUGUCAGCCUAAGCCAGAUUGAUUUUACUGUGUGUGGCGAGGGAGUGAAGGAUAUACCACAACAUUGUCCAUACAAAUACCAUUGCAUUGCUAUCUGUAUAUUUAUGUCUUACAUGCUGUGUAUGUGCAGUUUAAUAUUGCAUCUAUUAUUUCUGACGGGAACUUCACAAGUAGCUGGCAGGCCAGCACUAAAGUGUCCAUAUGACAUAAAGCCUGUUUUGCAACUGGCAUUUUGUACAAGCCACUGGUGAAAUUUCUUGUGAUGGAAAUUUAUAGCAAUUUUUUGUGCAACAGCUUGCUAACCAUUUUUUUUCCCUGCUAUUUAUAGUGUGUUUGGUGGCAUCAAAGUUCACUGAUCGAUAAAUUUUUACUCAUAUUGUAACUUUCUUUUUGCAGUGUUGAGAAUGCCAGUGUUGUAAUGUUGCUUGAAGGCAAAGGAUGAACUGGCAUCUUUUAGAUUUUGCUUAUUUAUACUACUCAUUGCAGGGCCUCAUUGAAGUAGGACCUGUGGCAACAAUAGUCUCACAGGUUUCAUAAUUUUGUUAAGAAAACAAUGUGCAGUAAAUGUUGUGCACAGCAACAUGUGUUUAUUGCUUUUGUAUGCAACUGUUGUAGCAGCUGCUGCUGCAUAUGUUUUGGUCCUGUGUGUUUGUGUCCGUGUGGGAAGCUGACCAUAUGUGUUGUAGGCUUUGGCCCUUACACAUGCAAGCAUUUGUGUGUUCGUCCAUUUGAGAAGUCAUGUCUAUUUAUUAAUUAUUCACUACUUCCCCGCUUAUGGUGCGAAAUGGUUGAGUGAUCAGAGUGCAAGGAAUCAAAGGGAUAAUGCAGCAUGAAAUAUUUUAAUAUGUGCCAGCUAGAAAGUAAUCUGCCUACAGUGUGGAGCACGAAAAAGAGACAGGGUGGAAGCAAAUGAAGCGCAAACCUGAUUGCCUUUUCAUUUCUGCCUUUCCCUGGCUUUGGAGGCCACAUUGCCGCCAUUUAUUAUUCAUAAUCAAGUUGUGCACUUUGCUGUAUCUCAAGCUAAAGGUCCAUUGGAAAAAAAAAUCACUUUUAAAUCUAAGCCUUGAGCAAAACAAGAGCCUGUGUGCUGUGUUGGAACAGCUACUGAGACACAAUAACGCCUGUUUGGUCUUCCACUGGUCAGCCAAGGACUUCUCGAAGAAUGCACCAUGUUUUGAGGGUGCUGUUUUUUGGCUGCAUUUAUACUUUGUUCAAGGUGUCUGCUGCUAAAAACCAAGGGGCGAUGUCUUUACCAAAGUCUAGGCAGACAUGUCUGCCUUAAUGUAGUUUUUAGCCUCAGCCAGGGUGCAACGCACACCUUAACCCAUACUUUUUUUUUCUAACCUUUAACAAUAUCCAGUUUUUAAUGAAAAGUAUUGGCUGUAAGUGCACCAGCCACUCUUGCUGCAAACAUUGUGCAAGAAGCUGUGGCACUUUGUGGUGCACGGUACAAUAUGCAGUUUGUCAUCACUUAUUGCUUACCGCAGGUCAACAUCAAAGCCUGUAGUGUUGACAUCCCUUUUGUGGUUCCUUGGUUCUGUGUUGUACAGGGUAAACCUAGCUCAUGUAGUUUAGUGUUGAGUGUGUUACUUUUAUGCUUUUUUGAGCAUUGUAUAUAACACUAAGCAAAAGGAUUUCUGAUGUUCUGGUCUUUGGACUAUGAACUUUGGUGAGGAGGCCCAAGCUUAUUGGUGCAGCCUAGAGAUUGGAGUGUGUGGUCAUUACAGAGUAGCUUUGUAAUAUAAGUGAUGUCUUUAAUGUCAUAACUAAACAAAUGUAACACCAAACUGUUCAGAAUACCUUUCCUAUGUAAAUCCACUUGCUAGCCACAUUUUUACAAUGUCUGCAAGCUUUGUGGGGGAUGUACUGCAGAAAAACUCACUUUAGGAUUUUGGUAUCAUCAAAAUUUUGCCGAACUAUUAAUGUGAUUAGCAUUGUUAGCCUCUUUAUGCCGCUCUUUAGUUAAAAAAAAAAGAACCUUUCAAAUUUCUCCGGUGCUGGGCAGAAUAGAACCCGUGUCACACAAAUUUCUUGAGCACAGUAGCCUGAUGCUUCAGAGCUGUGCCAUGAAUGCCUGCGCUGAGCGAGGGAUUAAGUAUCGGCAUUAGCACACACUGGCGUGCCACCGGAGUAAUCGGCUAGGUGGCGCAGCUUGUUCCGAGGGAAGCGUGAGAGAAGAGCCCGGCUGCAGUACGCAACUAAUACAUGAUGCAUUUCAGCUGUUGCAAUACGGUGGCUUGCUACAUCGCUUGAUGCUAAUCGCAUUAACGUCAACAUUCAUUGUGACAUAGGUCCUGCCAGUUUUUUUUUUCCUCAUUCUGCAAUUGUGCAGUGGCAGUCAUAACUUCUAGCAUAUGUAGCCAGAGCUGGGUGGUUGCCACUGAAAAAAACUUUAUGCCUAGUGAUGUGUAUAUUUGCAGUAAAUGUGCAAACAUAAGCUGGCCUUCUAAAGCUCCCCAAGCCUGCAAUGGUAGCUUGGUGGCUAUGGCAUUGUGCUGUGAAGCACAAGGUCAUUGGUUUGAUUCCUGGUGGCUACUUUUUGAGGGGGGCGGAAUGCAAAAACCCUCGUGUACUUGGGUUUAGGUGCACGUUAAUGAAACUCGGGUGAUCAAAAUUAAUCUGGAGUCCCCCACUAUGACAUGCCUCAUAAUCAGAUUGUGGUUUUGCUGUAUAAAACCCCGCAGUUUUUUGUUUAUAUAAGCAUUGCAUUUUCUCUUGCAGCAAAUUGCAGUUCUUAUCAUUCGACCAUCUGCUAGUAGGCAUAAUGUGUCCCACUUAUUUUCAAGUGGCGUUCAAGGUGUUGCUGUAGAACUUCAUUCCACAUUGCAGAAAUCACAUAUUAAGGCAACAAGUCAAAUCAUCUAAUAUAUAUAUAUAUAUAUAUCUUUGCAAGAAAAGCACAGUUUUUUUUCUUCUCGAGGUUCAGUGAAUUGCAUGUUGCCAGUCAAUACCAGGACUUGUUUUUCUUGUUAUCAUUAUCAACGAAAGAAGUCGCUUCAUGUAAUGCAGCCUCUUCUCUAGUUAUAUCUUCAAGCCAAAAUUGUACUGUCAAAAAAAUGUUGACUGAGGUGCUGCGGAAGAAUUAGGACUAUUUAUACAGUGUCUGCAAGUUGUUUGCCAUAACUAGAUGAUACAAUUUUUAGUAUUUAUUUAGAAGCAACGAAAGGAGACCCCUACAGAGUGUAGAUAGUCUGGUAAUAAUAAAUAGUUUAUAUUUAAGCUUAUUUGAUACGUCCCCUGGAAGAAAAAUAUCUAGCUUUGGCUGAACUUGUGAAGCUGACAAUUGAAAAAUUGGAUCUUGGGGAAACCACCUUGAAAAGCAUCCAGGAUCUGUGAUACAUAAUGAAGUUCAAGUGAGUGUGUGCGCUUACAGCUAGAGUUGAAAUAUCCUGUCCGAAUGUUUAUUAUUGGUCCCUGUUAUGAUAUCUGUAGCCCAUAGCUACAAUAGAAAAGGAAUAAAGCUUUUAUGAAGUUGUCUGUGCACAUAAGUGAAAACUCAAAAGAGAUUGUUAUAAUGGUUUGCAUGCGUGGUCUAUGCAUUUCAAACCAUUCAAAAGCCAAUUAUGCAAUUGUGUGCCUUUCAACAACCUGCCGAAGGCAUAAGAAGUGUCAACAAAUGAAAUGAUGCUGCUGGAAGUGCCCUGGCAAAGAUCGUUUGUAAAGAUGCAUUUGUAGUGGCAUAGCUUGGAAAACUUUUUUAAAGUUUGACUAUGUAGUUUACAUGGUAAGAAUGAAUGCUUAUUGAAACUGUUGUUUCUGCUGUUUCUGUUCACUUUUGCUUGAACUGGUCUGCAUCAGUUACCCCCACCCCCCUUUUUUUUUGCACAUUGGUUACACUGAUCUGCUCAGCUUAUUUACUUUCUUUAUGCAGAAUGUGUGCAUAGAUUGUAUAUGUACAUGUUAUCCCAUGCAUGUUAUUUGAGUAUACAUAUCGUGCUGGUAUUAACAUAUUGAAGAGAUACUUGGAAUAGUGUUUGGAUACACUGGCACUCUCAGCUGUUGUGGAUGUGGUUCUCACUUGGUGCAAGUGUUGUACUGCAGAGCAUAGCACUGCGUGUGUGAGCAGUUUUUGUGAGAAAGGAUGUGCAGUCUAGUUGGUUGUCUCACCGUGAAGUCUAGAAGAGCUGGAAUAGCCGAAUUCACUAGUGUAUUGAUGAACAGAAUAGUGAUGGCUGUAUUUCUUUUCUGUUCUCUAUGCUGGCACUGUUUCAUUGAGGUUUUUAGUGACCUGCCACCAUCUUUUACGUUGUGUUACAGUGCAUAUCAAUAGUGGGCAGCUGUAUCCAAUGAAUAAGCCUUGUAAUGCCACUUUUACUGUGUGUUAAGUUCCUAUGAAAGCUUUUGUGGUACUGUGAACUAACUCUAGCAGGCACGGAACUUUCCUUUUAGGAUUGGUGUUUAGCAAUUGGUUCAAGUCGCAAUAAUUGAUGUACGACAGCUCUGUGUAGGUUAUUUCUGUCUGUUCAAGCAAACAUUUGCAUUUCUAUGCUAGCUGACAUUGCUACUGUGCCAUCAGUUUAGUGCUUAGUGCCCUCGCUUCAUCACUAUACAACUUAGCUGUGAUACAUACACCUACAAUAAAUGUGUAUGCAAACCAUA